GCGUUUUGGAAAGGCCAUGUUCCGGCCCAGCUUCAGGCUGUUAGCUUUACUGCGACUCAAUUUUUCGCCUUUGAAGUCUUUAGCUCAUGGACUAUUUCGGCAAAACAUUUUUUUUCGAAAAAUUCCGAGAAAGACCUUGAUAGUAUGAGGUACCUUGGCUCUCUCGGCCAUUUCUUUUGUGGAUGCCUGGCCGGUUCCUCUGCUGCGGCUAUUACACAGCCAUUGGAUGUAAUGAGGACAAGAUUUAUUGCUCAAGGAGAGCCGAAAGUAUAUAGAGGAAUAUAUGAUGCCGCUUUGUCAAUUGCCGGUCGUGAGGGUAUUUCUGGAUUUUUCAGGGGAUUGAGCCCUUCACUUCUUCUUAUUGCCCCGCAGACAGGGCUUCAGUUUGCACUAUAUGAUGGCGUAAACCGUGCUCUCAGAAAUAUUGCUUUUAUUUGGGACUCGGCUCCAAAAUCUGCAGUUUUCAGUGAGUCGGAGUCUCGAGACAUCGGUGCUGUUCAGAGCCUUAUUUCUGGCUCUUUGGCCGGAAUUGGAUCGAAAUGUGUCGUAUACCCUCUUGAUGUUGCUAAAAAACGUAUGCAGGUCCAGGUGAGCCGGGUCCGAGUAUCUAUAUCUGUGCUUAAUCUUACAAACAUCGUUUAUGUCAUCAGUAAUCUUAUAAGUAUUUUGAAGUUAAUAUAUUUUCAAUUAUAUCGGUUUCCUGUCCGUUUAACCCUUGAACUAUACCUCACCUUUUUUUAA